GCCUGGCAGUUGUACAGAUUUGGUUUUGGGAGGGUGCAGGGGCCUCUACAUCCGGGCUGUGCAAACGGAGGAAAUAUCUGGUUGCGCUGAGAGGCCCUGCUCCAGGGGCAGAGCGUUAGCAUGCAGCAUUGUGCAGCUACGCAGAGCAGGGCGCCUCCAUUUUAUUUCCCCCCAGAGAAGCUUUUCAUAUUUAGCUCAUUUUCCUGUCCACGAUCCCCACGGGGAGGUUGGCUUCUGCCCCUGCUCUUCCCCCUCUGAUCUCCGGGGAGGAUUGCCAGUGAAAUGGAAAGCGAGACAAAUGGAGUUGAGGAAAAGAAGCGUCCCUGUAGCUGCUUUGUUCCUGAUGAGGCCAGGCCCUGCAGAGAGAGCGAACGGGGUUUUAAUUGCAGCAGUUUAACUACCAAAUCCAGAUUGGCCCCAUACUGAUGUACAACCCUGCAUGGAAUGUAACUCUUCAGUCUGAAUGUGCAAAUCUUCCUCCUGACGCUAAGCCUCCCUCUGGCCUGGCAUGGGAUACGCCUGCGCUACUCACGCCCCAUCUCCUUGGCGUCUGUCUCCACUAGAGCAGCAGCUGCUCUGGGAAGGAAGGGCCAGGGCAGCAUGAAGCCUGUGGCAGUCCCAGCGGGCGGCCUGGAUUCCCCACCGGCUGCUGAACCUGGGAGCAAACAUCCGCAUCCUGUGGGAUGGGGAAUGGCUGGUGGGGACUCUGCUCAGGCUCCAGUCACAUUUGACGACGUCGCUGUCUAUUUCUCCACGGAGGAGUGGGCGGAGCUAGCGGAGUGGCAGAAGGAGCUGUACAAGGACGUGAUGAGGGACAACUACGAGGCUGUGAUCUCCCUGGGCUGUGCUGCUGCCAAACCGGACAUUAUAUCCCAGCUGGAGCGAGGGGAAGAGCCAUGUGUCAGUGCUCACCAGGACUCCAGGGACAGACACACCUCCGCAAAUCCAUCAUCUGCUGACACAGCUCUGAAUAUGGCCUUCACAUCCUCACCACCUGGGCUCUCUCCUCCACCCCCACCGUCUGAUCCCUCCUCCCACAAAGUGGACCUCUCUCCAUCCCCUGUGCAUGCCACCAGCCUGUGGAUUUGGGAGGCACACUUAGGGCGCACAGACCAGGAAGAGAACAGCAUGGGUAUUGCCGAAUGCAUAGAGAGGCCCAGCAGUAGGCCUCCAUAUGCACUCAGUGGGGCAGCCCAUGGUCAAGUGGAGAGUGAGGAGAAGGCACUGGACAGGGUGUUUUGCUCACCUCCAGCCUUGCCUGGCCUACAUCCACAUUCUGAGCAGAGCUAUGUACCUGGGCAAGUCCAGACAUUUGAAUCUGCUUCUCACACAAAUCGAGGAUCUGAGAAUAAUACACUUAUGUUCAGAGCACAGAGAACUGAGCAUCCUGUAACUGAGCAGAAACCUGCCUCUGCAAACAGGCUGGAGAAAGAAUUGGGUAUCAUCAUCCAGGAGAUGCAGACAGCAAGAAUCCACCUGGCUAGCAUAGCUGGCUCUCUGCUGGCUUUGUCCUCAGCAUUCCUGCCAGCUCCUGUGGAUGGCACAGGUCCAUAGGAGAUCAUCUCGGAGCAGCAUAUUCUCUUAGAAACCUCUUCUGUGUUCUCACACUCAAAGCUGUGGAACAGAGAAACAACCACUCCCUUCUUUAUUUUCUCUAAAAGCAUGUGUUCGGUUACUAAUACUUCAUGUCUUUAUUUAAAAAAAAUGCAUAAAAAUGUAUUUUUCAUUU